AUGACAGUUAUUUGCUACGAUUUUGCACUUAUAUAUGAACACUUCCGUACCGAAAACAAUGCUCUUGCUGUCUUCUGCAUAAUCUUAAUGGUUUUGCCGGCUCUACUGGGAGUAGUCUUUACAUUAGCAUCACCACCCCCGGGGCUACAGACUGAAACAGCUUCCUUCGCCAUAUCAGUGAAAAAAAAGGAUAUUAAAUGGAUUCUAUUGCAAAUUUUUCACGCUAUCUUUUUUCCUUUUGCGGCAAUUGGAAGAUACUGUUUUUUAAUAUUUUGGUGGACUGAAAGUGUGUUUGCUUCUUACGUGGGAGAUGAGGAGCGAACAAAAGAUGCGUUGUCCCUUGCACGAGCACCUUCACCAAUAGAGUUGUAUUUAUUUUUACAGGCCUUUAUACAUUCGGCGCCACAUGCCAUUGUGAAUAUUUUAGAUCUAAUGUCGCGGGUCUCAAAUCCAUUUUUUGAUAAAGUGUCAGUACAAGCAAUUAGUAUAAUUGCGUCGUGUAUGCGAAUGGCCAGCACAGCUACUUUGUACAGAAGAUUCGAAAGAGAGAAAGUAUUGGGUCGAAAAUAUCCAUGGAGGAACAAACUAGAAGUCGAAAAUAAUGGUGGUAAAUUUAAAGAAGACCUUGAAAAACUAAACAAGGAUUACUCUUCUGAAAAUCUAAAAGAAUCAACGAGAAGGCAAACCAUUCGUAAUAAAUCGGAGUCUAGUAUCCAAGAUGAAAAUAACGAUUUAAUACAGUUUUCCCCACGUAAUUCUGAGAUGGCAUCUUCAUUUUACGAGGACAGUGCUUUUGAUUCAGAUUCAAGUUCAAAUUACCUUGCGCCAGUAACAGUACGAAGCAAUGAAAAUGAUGAAAGCGAUAAUGAAUAUGUUCGACCAAUAUCCAUUAUAGAUAAGGUUGCCCCUCGACGACAAAAAAGAGACUAUGUAAUUGAAAGAGUCGACGUUCCCCCGCCGCCAUUUAUACCCGCCCCUAGACCUGGUUCUUUGGCACAAUGGGCCGAGAAAAUGGUUGAGAAUGCAGAAAAUAUACCUGUGUGGCUCUCCGCUCCACCCAGAAGGAAGCACUGGGAGGUUAUUCAAGAGGAACCCGAUAUACCACGCCGCGCACCACGAUCUUUCAUCAGGGGCCUCGAACCCCAAGACAUGACAGCCGGUCUCGUCCAAUACUUGGGGUGGCACGUGCGCGUGUGGCACGUAUUUUGGAUCAUAGCGUGUACUAUCGAGAACAUUUUGUUCACCGCUCUUUGGGCAAGCAUUGACAAUAGCUUAGAUAAUUGGUGGAAGUGCCAAGGGAAACCGUUGUCCAUU